GAGAUUUGUUGUCAUGGCGCUGUCGCUAGAGCACGAGCAAGAGCUGCGCAAGGUCUUCGACGACUACGACGAGGACGGGACCGGCGACAUUGACGCCGAAGAACUCGGCAAGAUCGCCGAAGACCUCGGCGAGCCGCUCUCCAAGGAAGAGCUCGAGUACCUCAUCAUGGAGUUUGACGCUGAUGGCAGUGGCACGAUCGACUGGGAAGAGUUCAUUGCGUGGUGGAAGGUGCCAUUUUAAAAACACCCGUCAAUAUACAGAAUACCUGCUUGCUAAAUACUACUGCAGAAGAGAUGAUGGG